UCAUGAAGCGCGGUCUAGAAUUGAUAAAACGCUUUAGCAAUGGAAAGCUUUUAAUAGCCAGCAUCGAUAUUGAUCUCCGGUAUAUUUGGAAACGGUUUAGUUCGGCCAUACACAGCUGGAAGGACAUAGCAGACAACACUGAUGCUGAACGCUGGCAAUGCUAGACCGGAAUUAGAAAGCAAACAGGGAUUACAAGCCAUCCAGAACCGGUUUCGCGGAACAGUUCGGCUGCAGAGAUGUCAAACAUAAGUCAUUGAGAGAGCAGCGUGUUAAAUUGAAAUGUUUUCCUAAAAUACAUUCUAGAGUAUACAAUUUUAACUCGUCGUGCUUUGGAAGAUAUAACUUUGUUAUAAUCGAUUUUUUUUUUUUGGGUCAAUGAUCAACCGAACUUUCGACUACAAUUACUCAACUUUUUCAAUCAAAAAACCCGUAUUUAUCAGUCGAUUUAUUAAUUCAAAUAAACUGAAUUUUAAUUUCAUGGGGAUUCUUUUUCCAGAAUUCUUGAAAUUCUGGGAAUGGAAAAAAAUCCUUUAAUUUAUGAAUUAAAAAUUUACGUAUGUUAUCUACUGCUUUAAUAAUUUAAUUGAACGCUUUACCUCUUUCACACGUCUUGUAAAUACUAUCAGAUUUACUGCAAAGUCCUCGUUAACUUUGUUUCCCCAACCUGCUGGCUAAAAUUAUACACCACUGAUUUAAAGAAAACUUGUUUCUCCUUAACCCAUCCAUCCAUCAUCUUUCGGGCCCGACGACAGGCCCAUCACUACCAUCUUUCGGUCUCCCCGUUUCGCUGCCUGUCUUUGCGUUGAACUCGCCCCAUAUUAAAUCCAACCAGUCGCUGCCCAUGGUUAGUCAUUCUCGUCCGAACCAGUGGAUUGAAUCCUACGCUCCAGGUGCCGUAGUAUCGAAAAGCUUCGCAAUCAUACUGUAAAAGCUAUUCCAACUGCAAAAGUGCAUAAUUCCGUAGUAGUAAAAAGUGCUCAAGUUAAAAAAACACACACACACACACACCUACACUAACAUACACACUACACACAAGUGCCUUUUUAAGUGAAACCAUGUACGUGAAACCGGUGUGCGGUAUUAUUAAACUGCAAAAUACAGAACGCCGCGCCAGCUUUCCGGCCGCACUGCACGCGGCCCGGCUGGCCGAACUGCUGGUCGACGUGACGAUCUGCUGCGAGUCGCGCAAGCUACGCGCCCAUAAGCUGGUGCUGGUCCUGGGCAGCCCGUUCUUCCGAAGCAUUUUCAACGAGGUCCCCACGCCCCACCCGGUCGUCAUGAUUUACAACGUAAAGUACGAAGAUUUAGACGCACUGGUCAAGUUUCUGUACACGGGCGAGUUGAGUGUUGAGCGGGAGCGGCUGCCAUCGCUGCUCGAAGCGGCCCGGUACCUGCAGCUGGACGAGUUCAGCACAUUGCUGCCGUACCUGCAGGAGACGGGCGAUUUGAACGAAAAUCUUUUAAGCGCCGUAAAUGCGUUCAACUCCAUGAGCCUGCUCAUGGACAGGACAAACCAGACAAACGACUCGGCAACGAUCAUGUCCACGAUCUGUAUGUUGACAACGAACGAUCCGCCGCAACCAUCAACCAGCGCGAGCGUGUUGCCGUAUAACGGCGAGGCAGGUGAGCAGCAGCAGCAGCAGCAGCUUGAAUCGCCUAUCAACGGGGAGUACCUCGGUGACGAUGAAACUUCGAUGAUCAGUCAAGAUUCGGCGGAUAGUUUCAGCCCGACAGAGAUUCGCCGCCAGCCGUAAGAAGUGCCCGCGAAUCGAGCGAGUUCAUCGAUGCACCAGAGCUGCAGUACGAUCCCAGGCAACAGGAUCUCUCUCGGAUGUGUGAGCUUUGAAUUGCGGCAAAAUACGUACGAUUUGAUCUACUACUCAUGUGAGAGGAACAGCAAAAGACAAGACAGGAAUAAUAUUAACACACUAUACACAAGUAGAAGGUGGCAUUGUAACAUAAUUUGUUGUAUACAUUUCAAAAGAAUUAACCGGUGAGAAUAAGCGAAUAGCCGGUGAGAAUAACCUACGUAUUGAUAGCGAUUGUUCCUCUACACUAACAUUCAUCUCAUGAAGCGUAUUGCAUUGUAUUUUAUUUUGAUUUUAUAACAAUCAUGACUACAGAAUUUCUAUUAAAAUAUAUUUUGCAUUCACGUGUUUAAUAUAGACUGCAGCAAAACCCCAACUAACAACAACGUGAUAAAGCAGUAUUGUAUAAAGAAUAACUUUCAGCACCAUUUCUUUUCUUGUGUUUCAACAACAAGACAAAAAGUAGGAUUACACAUGCUCUCCUCAGAUUCCACACUUUCUUAAAUGUUUAGAGAAAGGUAAUUGGCAACAAGUUACUAAAAACUGUCAUAACUCAAAUCAUAUUUCUUUAAUUUUCAAGAAACCAUUUCAAUUAUGCAUGAUGAGCCGAAUAACUCGGAAUGCAAGUGCCUUGGGCUUUUGGGCAUACACACACACACACAUUCAUCAAAAACCGAAGUUUUUUGUUAGCCUUUGGUGCGCGUUUUGGAGAACUUGUCAUCCUCAAAGAAGGUCUGAAGUGCCAAGCAUGCUUGCAGAGCCCUACGACACAACGGACACGCAGAUAUAAUAAGUUUUUUAUGGCUUUCCCCCUUCCUGUCGGCUGGAUCUCGCCGACAGGGGUGAACCACUGCACGAAAAGAUCGUACAAGCUUUUGGGCGUAUAAUUUUGGUGAAACGGAUUUUUUUAUUUUCUCUUCAGCUCUGGGCUGUAAAAAUGGCAUUGCAUUGUUUCGUACCAGAGAGACAGCAUACCAGUGACGCCAGUGAACGCAAAUGUAACGCAAUAGCAUCUUCAUAUGCAUGCAAAAGACGGUGGUUGAAAGAAUCGCACCGUUGCAGGCAUAGGUCGAUGAUUCGGGGUACGAUUAUUGACAAAUUGAACCUUGAGCUACUCAAAUGAGUUUAGCCGAUUUACGACCGUCAAAUUAUGUGUUCCCUGCCGACUGACCAACCUGACCGGUCCAGCGGCGAGUGUGUCUGCAAGACGCUUCAAACCGAUACUCUCGCAUUCCGGUUGGAUGUUUUAUUACUAGGGACCAUAAAGCGUUGACAUGCAGCCCGGUAGAAGACACGCAGUGUUUUGUUUCGGUUUUGGUUUUGGUGUCGGGUGUUGUCAGAGCUUCUCGGUUAUACCAGCACCGAUCGGUCAGAGGUGCAGUAAGCUCUUGAUCGUGCCCGUUUCGUAAAUUCUCGUAUUUCUACCCCUCUCUCUGUCUCUCUCUUUGUCAUUAUAAUCGACGUUCGAUUUUUUACCCAGCUAAAACAUAAUUAAGCAUAUUAGCCGCGUUUGGGAGUUUAGUGCUGUAAAUUUGAUUUGACAAUUUUGAUUUAUGUAUCAUUACUCUUUUGUCGGGCCACGGCGAGCCCGACGUUCAAAUGCUAAUUGCGGCUCUCUUUGAACGGGCUCCGCACAAGCGACACCAUCACCUUCGUUCCCUUACAGUUUAUGACUCCUCCGAUUUCCAAUUCCAAAGUCACCGCCGAGCGAGGCGAUAGUGAGGAAUGUUGAUUCGUUAUUUUAUUGCACACUCCGAUCGAUCCCCGUUCGUCGCUUACUCAACAGCUUGAGUGGCCUUCCAGGUGGCAGAAAUAAACUUAAAACUGCAUCGUUAGUGCCCAUAUAACCGCUUGUACAUGAUCAUUCGGAGAGCGUCAUGGACUCGUUAUGAUUCAUUGUAAAACUAUCGAUCAGGCAAAACCGUUGGACCAAUCCAUUGCUUGAUCGAUCGAAUGAACCAUAGUGCUGAUGGAUUAGUGUUUUCCAUGCAAUUGAACCUUUGAUUGUUUUUGGUGUUUUAUCCAAAAAUAAAAACAAAUAACAACAACCAAAGUCCCAAUUCCGGUUUAGCUUUCGGGUUCUUUCGCUUCGUGUUUCGCAUUCGUGUUUCGCAUUGUACGCUUAACCCUACACCGAUUGUAAACCUGUAUAACCUCGCAAGGGUAGUUUUUUUGUGACGAACUUUUGGGAACCAUUUUCUUUUUGUCUCUCAUCCUACGUCUGACGAGGGUUUUUUGUUUUGCUUUAUCCUACCCAUACCAUGUACGUUUCUUCGCUUUGCUGUUGUUUGGUGGGAAAUCACCUAUCGACAGCGAGAAAAAAGUUGUUUUGCAAACGUUGUUUCAACUUCCAACGCGCACAGCAAUAGAUUUUUCUUUUCUUUUUGGGACCAUUCAAAACGCGAAAAACAAACCCACGAAAACGAAACCAUUUUUUUUUUGUUCUCUCCUUUUCAACCCCAUCGGGCCGGAUCAGGGGUUUCAGGUUAACGUUUGCAAAACGUUCGAACACAGUGACGAGGAAGAAACAUAGCGUAACAUCAACCACAUAAACACACACACACACACACAGCCACAGAGAAGCAGUAACUUCCUUCACAGCGAAAAAGAGCAACCUUCAUGGGCAACC